AUGAGAAUGUCUCAGCUCAAACCCAGCAGGUUCGCUCAGGGUGAACACCUGCUGACAGGUGACUUCACCUGUCAGCAGGUGUCCGGGUCAGCUGACUGGACGUUGUGCGGUUUCAGUGGAAGACGUCGUGAAGAUCAAACUUUCUCUGUGAGAGGAUUUAAAGUGUCAAACUUUACGUCUGAGUUUGACGCCCUCGGUCACAUGCUGAUGAAGGUUAUGGCUCAAAAUGAACAGGUGUUUUCAUUUAAAGCAUUCUAA